AUGCCAACCCCACCAAAUGGGAGAAAACACACCAAAAUAGCUGGCGUGCCAGACUAUGACGACCCGUCGUACUGGGAUAACAAGUUUGCGACCGGCCAGGAUGUCGGUGAAUGGCUGAAUCCUGGCGAGGCGCUCAUCGAUGCGGCCCUGUCCGACUUACAAGGUCGACCAUUAUCCGCAUCUGACGCGAUUCCACGCGUGUUACAUCUGGGACCGGGCAUUUCGAAGCUGGGAACAAAACUUCGCGAUGCCUUUGUGAAGCAAAAUUGGACGGGAAGUUACAUAGUGAAUGCCGACUUUUCCGCCGAAGCUGUCCGUUUGGGCCGAGAACAAGAGAACACAGAGGACCUCUCUCAUGCCAUGCAGUGGCUACAGGUAGACCUACGAUCCUGGGAUAAUAUGAUCGGUCUUUUCUCGUUCGCACCGUUUGACAUGAUCCUAGACAAAAGCACCAGUGAUGCUAUUGCGACUGGCGAGUUGAUUUCCUUCCCGGCGGAUUUUACCUCGUCUGGCCUUUGUCCUACAAUACGCGAAGUUAUUAACCGUCAGGGAGGGUUAACGUUGUCGCCGGUAGAGCUGUUGGGGCUGCACCUGGUCCCAUUGACAAGGCAAGGUACUACGUGGAUGACACUUUCGUAUUCGGCUACGCGGUUCGACAACCUUGAGUUUUUGGCGAGUUAUUGGGAACUUGUGUCCCGUACGCCAGUGAAGGCCCCCAAGGGCGAGACCUCGUCUUUUGCAUAUGCUCCGGAAGUAUUUCACUGGAUUUACAUAUUACGUCGCAAGUAA